UAUUCUAUUAUUCUGCUAUAUAACCAUUCUUUAAAACGCUUGCCAGCGGGAAUGUUGCCCAUUAAAUACAUUUGAUUCCAAAUAAGUAGUUGCUGGUGUUGGCGGCAGCUGAAGAGGUUAUUUUUUGAGUUUCCUGUCCCUAAGGCAAAACAGAAAGUAAUAAUUUACUGAAAUCUUACGUCAUGUCUGCAAUUACUGAAACAGAUAACAGAUAAAGACAUAAGGCUGUGAAAGAGUGAGUCAUGCAGUCAAAACAGACGACCCAGUCAGGCUCAGAUAAUAGAAAAUAAUAUAAUAAAAUAACACUUUUGCAAAUCUAUAUAACAGUGUAAACGGAAGAUGAUCGAAAGAAAGAAAGAAAGAAAGAGAGAACACGAGUAAACGGGUGUCUACAUUUAAUGAAGGCGAAUCAACAAGCGGUUUAAACAAUUAAUUUAACAAUUUAAAGUUUUAACAAUUUAAAUUUACAUGUAUUAAUGUCCUAGUUGUAAUCUUUGCAUUAAUAUGCAUGAAACGAUAGUGUAUAAAUAUCCAGCUGUAUGCAAAUAUUCGACACAUUUUCUGUUUGUAUUCAUUUUAUUUACCAGCUGUGGCUGGUCAUUUUAAUUCUGGGCAACCGAAUGCCAGAUAGAAAGUCACAAUACGAAAGAGCACAACUGUUUUAAAAUACCAACGUUCACAACGUCGACUAGAAUAGAAACCACCAUUACUGGUCACUUUAGACAGCCAGCCUCUACACAGAACGAAGUUAAGGACAGAACUCAAAAUGAAUACUAAAGGCAGACAACAUAACCAGUGGGCUAUUUAAAAGCGUAUUCAAUUAAUAGCAACUUAUUAUUAUUAUAUUAUUAUUAUUAUUAUAUUAUUAUUAUUAUUGUUAAUGAUGAUGAUGACGAUGACAUUGUUUUGUUACCGCAUGCUUCUGUUUUAAUGGCUCAGGAGUGGCAAUGGGUAGAGACGACGUUGUAACCGUUCUUUGAAAUUAGCAUUGGCCUGUAAUAACAGUAAAUGCGUUAGCCACCAGACCACAGCUUUCUAAUGUCAACAGAAGAUGAAGGGGAGCAAGAGGAAAAAAUUCAAGAAAACGCGUUAACCGAGAGGGACUUGGCAGAUCUUAAGUCUUCUUUGGUGAAUGAAUCUGAGAUCAGCCAGAAUGCCGGCAGUGUAGCGGACCCUGGGGCAAUCCGGCGUGCACAUGCAGAAGAAGAGAGAGCCUACACAGACAAACUUGCCAGGGACCAGCUGGAAGACCUGUCAAAACGUCAAGAUGGGGGAAUGUAUAAAGGACCUGCAUAUUCUGGAUAUCCAUUCCUGAUGCUGCCUGAUCCAUACCUUCAGAAUGGACCUAUGUCUCCAUCAUCCAACAAAGUGUCCGUGGUGCAGCAGUCCCAUGGGAUGCACCCGCUCACCUCCCUCCUCCCCUACAGCAAUGAUCACUUCAACCCAAACUCACCGCAUCUACCUGCAGACAUGAGCCAGAAGCCAGGCGUUCACAGACCCCAGUCCCAAGACCUCUCGGGAUUCUAUUCCCUCCCUCCAGGUGGUGUAGGACAGAUCACCCCUCCCAUGGGAUGGCAAAGUCAGCCUGUUUAUCCGAUCACUCCCUGCGGAUUCAGGCAGCCGUACUCCUCAGGGCUCCCUGCCGGCUCCUCCUUCUCCAGGUUUCCUCACUCACUGAUGCUGGGUCCUCCAGGCAUGCACUCUACAGGGAUCCCUCACCCAGCAAUAGUGCCCCCUUCAGGCAAACAUGAGCAUGACCAGUAUGACAGAAACAUGUAUGUGAAGCAACAUCAGGAGCCAAAGAGGGAGAAGGAGCCCAAGAAGCCGGUGAUCAAGAAGCCCCUGAAUGCGUUCAUGCUGUACAUGAAGGAGAUGCGUGCCAAGGUGAUCGCAGAGUGCACCCUGAAGGAGAGCGCCGCUAUCAACCAGAUCUUGGGGAGAAGGUGGCAUGCCCUUACCAGAGAAGAACAAGCCAAAUACUAUGAGCUGGCCAGGAAAGAAAGGCAGCUGCACAUGCAGCUGUACCCAAGCUGGUCAGCCAGAGACAACUAUGAAACGAACCUUAAAGGGGGAUCGGGGGAAAAGAAUAAAGCAGAUUGGGGCAAGAAGAAAAGACGAAAAAGAGAGAAACAGCCAGACUCCAACUUAGACCCUGGCUCUCCUAAGAAAUGCCGAGCUCGCUUCGGCCUCAAUCAACAAACAGACUGGUGUGGCCCCUGCAGGAGGAAAAAGAAGUGCAUUCGCUACCUUCAAAGAGGAGGGUGCACCAGCCCCGAUUCUUCCGAUGGAAGUGCUAUAGACUCUCCCCUCUCUCCCACUGAAGCCCACCCUCAUCUACAUCAAACUCCAGAAGACCUUGCUGGCACCUCAGACUCAUUCCUAAGAGAACAGAUCCCCUUCGACCUUUCAGCUAACACCAAGCCCACUGGACUGUCAGUACCUAGUUCACUGGACACGCGACAUCGCCUGCCAACGACGCGCCAGCCUUCAUCGUCAUCAUCAGUGUACAGUGCCACUAUCACACAAACAUAGUGUUGCAUACGAGAAUAUAAAAACUGAUGCAUUAAAAAAAAAAAAACAAUGAGACUUGCAGGGUAUUGAAAAUACCUUUCACCAGCAUUUUACUGUGACAGGAGGAACAAGAAAACCAGCAACUGCUCAAAGUGUAUUCUGCUUUCUUUAACUUUGUUUUGCCCUUGAUGCCAAGGAAAUGAUGCUUGCUCUAACCAUUUCUGGAGCUGUAAGUUUGAUGUCACUGUGUAUUACUUGUUAAAAUGAUAAAACACACCACAUUUUGGAAUAAAUCUACAAUCUGCCACUCUGGAAGACAGCUGAGAACAACGUAAUUUCAUACUGGCAUGUUGCAUGAAUUGCAGUAGCUAUGUUUUUGUCUACUACUUGUGCAAUCCUGUUAAAAACUGCUAUUCGUUUCUAAAAUGUUUAGUGUAAUUUAAAAGGGGCCUGCCUGUUAACAUAUGCAUGUCAGUUAGAAACAUGCAGGUUCCUUCUGAAGAAAUUGGCAAAUCCAACCUCAACUGGAUUCAGUUGCGAUUUCCAAAGAUUCUUUUUUCAAACAUAUCAGACGGGUGUUUUUUUUUUUUUUUUUUUUUUUUUUUUUUUUUUAACAAAGUACGAAAUUGUACAGUUUGUACUCUGCCACAUUUCUGAAAUUCUAUGAAGUAGGGUAAGGAUUUUAUGUAGAAGAUAUUGGGUCACUGCUGAUUUUGGUAAUAUCAAUUUUAAAGCACAUUGUACUGCAUUUUGCAGUAUUACAAAAUUGAUUUGUUAAUGUAACCAAGUCAAUUGAUUUUUUUUUGUUUUUGGUGCAAAGGCACUUACAUGACUCAAGGAGGGUUGAAGAGCUUAUGAAAUGCGCAAAGGUAAAGGAAAGCAGCUCUAUAAAUUUAACAUAUUUCUGAAAAUUUAAAAAAAUCAGGGAAGCCCAAGUGGAUUAUUCAGGAGCUAAAAGUAAUAUCAAUAUCACUCUGCAGUCCUAGCCUGAAAGUAUAGUUUAUAUAAAAAAUGCUCUAAGGUCAGAAAAGUACUGUAGACAGAAGUCAAACUAGUGUGUGUUUUCUGCAGUCUUACUUUCAGUUAUUAGUUAGAAACAUGGUAAUUGUUACUCAGUUUAUGGUGUGAAAUUGUGCACUACAUUUGCUGGCGUUUUGUGGUUGUGGAUAAAAAUGAUCUCCAAAGUGACAUCCAUUAUUAGAUACAAUUUUCAGCAGUGCUUCAGUAAAACUGAAGCUUGUAAAAAAGAUCAAAAGAUCUCUCAAAGAAUAACCAAAUGGGUACUGUAUAUCUUAUGUGGACCUCGGUCAAAAUUUGACCCUAUUGAUGCUUUAAAUGUUUAACACUUUUAUAUGUAAUUGUUUUUUUU